UCCUCACCGCGGUCCGCCCGCCGCCGCUAAAUACCCGGAUGCGCCGCCCGAGCGCCAGACGCGGAGCUGGGAAAAGGGAGGCAGAGGAGGCGGAGGCAGAGCGCGAGCCAGAGACCGAGCCCGGCCGAGACCUACCGCCCGGCAGACCGGCGGGGCUGGGCCGCGGAGACCCGGCCCGGCGAGUCCUCCCGCGACCCGAGCCGGGUUCCCCGAGAGCCGGGGUCCCGGACUGGCCGGGGAGUCGGGAGCGCCAGAGCAGAUCCCGAGUAAGGCUUUUCUCGGCCUCCGCCGAGGGCUGGCCCUUUUGAAGGCGCCUCCUUCCACAGCGGGACCAGACAGGCCACCAUGACCGAGAACUCCACGUCCACCCCUGCGGCCAAGCCCAAGAGGGCCAAGGCCUCCAAGAAGUCCACAGACCACCCCAAGUAUUCAGAUAUGAUCGUGGCUGCCAUCCAGGCGGAGAAGAACCGCGCUGGCUCCUCGCGCCAGUCCAUCCAGAAGUACAUCAAGAGCCACUACAAGGUGGGUGAGAAUGCCGACUCGCAGAUCAAGUUGUCCAUCAAGCGCCUGGUCACCACCGGGGUCCUCAAGCAGACCAAAGGGGUGGGUGCCUCGGGGUCCUUCCGGCUGGCCAAAAGCGAUGAGCCCAAGAGGUCAGUGGCCUUCAAGAAGACGAAGAAGGAAGUCAAGAAGGUGGCCACGCCAAAGAAGGCGGCCAAGCCCAAGAAGGCUGCCUCCAAAGCUCCAAGCAAGAAGGCCAAAGCCACCCCGGUCAAGAAGGCCAAGAAGAAGCCGGCUGCCACGCCCAAGAAAGCCAAAAAACCCAAGACUGUCAAAGCCAAGCCAGUCAAAGCAUCAAAGCCUAAGAAGGCCAAGCCCGUGAAGCCCAAAGCCAAGUCCAGUGCCAAGAGGGCCGGCAAGAAGAAGUGACAAUGAGGCUUUUCUUGUGGACCCUCCUGCCUGUCUCCUAUUUUCUGUAAAUACUUUGCUCCUUUCUUUCCUCUUGAUCUUCUCACCUACAGUCCUUCGCCCCUUUCUGUUCUGACUUUCUAAGAGACAGAAUUUCGGAUUCCUCGGAAAUUAGAGAAUGAUUCGUUUUUCCUUAACCAAUCGUACAAAGACAGCAACAGCAAAUCUCAUCUCUGUAGCGAUGAGAAUGUACUUCUGUUUCAUUUUGUUGGCUUGUUAUUGAUCUGCUUAAUGGGUUUGGGGAUUUGGAUGGGUUUGUGCGUGAUGUUUGGUUGGAUGGUUUGUUCACUAUGAAGGUAAAGGGGCGGGAGAGCAUGGGCAAGGCAGCUUGUUCUGACUAGAUGAGGGGGAGCCCAGGAAUUACAAGGUUUGUUAGGAGUAUUUUUAAGGUGAGCCAGCUCUCUCUAGGUUGCUCCCCCCUGUGAGAGUUUCAUGAUCUCGGUGGGGAGAAGGGAGGGGUGGCAGCCGCUGAAUGGCAAAGGAGGGAGGCAGGGGUAGGAAAAAAAAACCCUCUCUAGGCUGACUUCCACCUUCCAAUAGUGAGCAGUGGGGGGGUCCAAAUCCAGUUUCCUUCUCUCUGUUGGUCUGCCCCUGCGGCCUCCCUAUUGUCCUAGGAAAGGGAAGGGGGGGUGGGGGUCGAAGUGACAGCUGGUCUGAGAAACUGUCUUCUCUCAGCUGGAAACUAGCCAUGGGGGGGGGGCUGUUCUUUGUGGCUUCAGAAAAUCUCCUGUUAAACUGGAGUGGAAACUUUAGGGGAAGGGUGGGGACUCAGUCAGCCAAGUGCCUCAGUGCGCCCUGUUAAAACUUGGGUUUUUCCACACAAUUGGAUUGUAUCAUAGGAGGACUUUUUUUUUCUUUUCCCCUGGUGUUUGGUUCCUCCUGGCCGAGAGGUGGUUUUGCUUGGUGGCCUGGUGGGUCUCCAACCCUGCCACCUGCCACUUAAAAACCUCCCGACCUCUUUACUUUUGAGUCUUUUCUAAGUAGUUGUAGAUGGGGAAUGGGGGGAGCGGGUGGGGAGUGGACAGUAAGACAUACUGCAGUCGAUUUUGAAUUGCUAAGUAGCUUCACAGAGCUAGGUCUGUGUGUCUGUGUGUAUAUGUAUAUAUACAUAUCUAGGGUUAGUACUUACGUUUCACACCCGGGAGCUGGGAGAAAAAAACCUGUACAGUCUUCUUUUAUUUUUAAUAAAAUAGGAAAACGUGCACUUGCGCGUGGUCAACCCCCCUCCCCCACUUUUUUAAACAAGUGUUAUUUGUGCCGGGGAGAAUUUGCUGUCUUUGUAAUUUUAAAACUUUAAAAUAAAAUUGAAAAAUAAAAAGACCU